AUGGCACAGGCAGUGACACCAGAGGGGCCCCGUCCCUCCCACAUGUACAAGGUGGUGAUGCUGGGCAGCAUGUCCGUGGGCAAGUCCAGCCUGGCCUACAGAUACGUGAAGAACGACUUCAGGGAGCUGCUGCCCACCGUGGGAUGCUCCUUCUUCACACAGAUCCUGGAGCUGGACGAGGCCACUGUCAAGUUUGAGAUCUGGGACACAGCGGGGCAGGAGAAGUACCAGAGUGUCUGUCACCUCUACUACAGGGAUGCCCACGCUGCCCUCCUCGUUUAUGACAUUGCCAACAAGCAAACAUUCAGCAGAGCAAAGCUGUGGCUGGAGGAGCUGGAGAAGAAAUUCCUGCCUGAUGAAAUCGUGGUUGCUCUGGUGGGGAACAAGACAGACCUUGCUGCUGAGAGAGAGGUCACCACUGAGGAGGGGGAAGAAUUUGCACGAACAAAAGGCCUCCUGUUCAUGGAGACAUCUGCAAAAUCCAACCACCAGGUGAAUGAUGUCUUCAUGGCCGUAGUCCAAGAGCUCCUGAGGAGGGAGAAAGAGAAGGCACCCAGGCCAUCCCCACGUGGGAGCUCCACCGUGGACCUGAGGGGAAGUGGGACAAGGAAAAGGUGCUGCAGGAGCUGA